AUGGGCCAAGGAGCAUCGACGUAUGGCAAGGGCCAGAAGGGCAAAAAGGACAAGAAACAGAAGCCGAAGUAUGAGCCCCCAGUACAGUCCAAGAUCGGGCGCAAGAAGAGGAAGGGACCUGCCACGGCAGAGAAGUUGCCGAACGUGUAUCCCAGCACGCGAUGCAAGCUGAAGCUGCUGCGGAUGGAGCGGAUCAAGGAUCACCUGCUGCUGGAAGAGGAGUUCGUGACGAACUCGGAAAUCCUGAAGCCGUUCGAGAUGAAGCAGGAGGAGGAGCGCAAGCAGCUGGAAGAGAUCCGCGGCACACCGCUGUCGAUUGGCACGCUGGAGGAGAUAAUUGACGACGACCACGCGAUUGUGACGAGCCCGACGACGCCAGACUUCUACGUGAGCAUCUUGUCGUUUGUCGACAAGGAGCUGUUGGAGCCUGGGUGCUCGGUGCUGCUGCAUCACAAGACCAUGUCGAUUGUGGGAGUAUUACAGGACGACGCCGACCCGAUGGUGUCGGUGAUGAAAAUAGACAAGUCGCCUACGGAGUCCUACAACGACAUCGGCGGGUUGGAGGCGCAGAUCCAGGAGAUUAAAGAGGCGGUGGAGCUGCCUUUGACGCACCCCGAGUUGUACGAGGAGAUGGGGAUCAAGCCGCCCAAGGGCGUCAUCCUGUAUGGCGCGCCGGGGACUGGCAAGACGCUGCUGGCGAAGGCGGUGGCCAACCAGACGUCCGCCACCUUCCUGCGCAUCGUGGGCUCAGAGCUCAUCCAGAAAUACCUCGGUGAUGGCCCGCGGCUGUGCCGUCAGAUCUUUAAAGUGGCUGCCGAGAACGCCCCCAGCAUAGUCUUCAUCGACGAGAUCGACGCAAUUGGCACAAAGCGCUACGACUCCAACAGCGGCGGAGAGCGCGAAAUCCAGCGCACCAUGCUGGAGCUGCUCAACCAGCUCGACGGCUUCGACGACCGCGGCGACGUCAAGGUAAUAAUGGCCACUAACAAGAUAGAGAGCCUGGACCCCGCGCUGAUCAGACCUGGCAGAAUAGACCGCAAAAUCCUGUUUGAAAACCCCGACGUCUCGACCAAGCGCAAGAUCCUCGGCAUCCACACCUCGAAGAUGAACCUCAGCGCCGACGUCGACCUGGAGACCCUGGUCACCUCCAAGGACGACCUCUCCGGCGCAGACAUCAAGGCCAUGUGCACAGAAGCCGGCCUGCUCGCGCUGAGAGAGCGGCGCAUGCAGGUCACAGUCGAGGACUUCAAGCAGGCAAAGGAGCGUGUGAUGAAGAACAAGGUGGAAGAGAAUCUCGAGGGCCUCUACUUGUGA